AUGUCCGCCGAAGAGCAGAGCCAGUCCUUGCUGGAGCGCAUCCAGCGGCCGGAGGUGAGCAAGGAGACGCAGAAGAAGAUUGCGCUGGUGGAGCAGGAGUUUAUUCAGGCUGAGGUGGAGCAGCUCCGCCACUCGACCCUCCUCCUCCGCCCGCUCUUCGCCAAGCGCAAUGAGGUCAUCUCCUCCCCCGACCUGCGCGACACCUUCUGGACGCGCGUGAUGCUCAACGCCCCCGCCGAGGUCGAGGAGCACAUCACCAUGACCGACGCGACAAUCCUGGCCUCCACGCUGAAGAACCUGACCGUCGAGCGCUUCGAGGUCGACGACAAGGGCGUCGGCGAGCCCCGCAGCUUCCGCCUGACCUUCGAGUUCCGCACCGGCGACGAGAACCCUUACUUCACCAACGACAAGCUGGUCAAGGACUUCUACUGGCGCAAGCAGGUCAUCACCACCGCCAACGGCCAUAAGCGCCACUGGGACGGGCUCGUCUCGGAGCCCGUCCGCAUCAACUGGAAGGAGGGCCAGGACCCCACCAAGGGCCUGCUGGAUGCCGCCUGCGACCUGGCCGAGGCGGAGAAGAAGAAGGACGCCGACACGGACCGCAAGGAGCUGAAGGAGUUCGAGGCGCUGAUGCGCAAGCGCGAUGAGGUCGAGGCCGACGAGGAGCCCCAGGGUGAGGAUGAGGAGGAUGACGUGCCCCCGGAUGCGGACCUGAGCUUCUUCGCUUUCUUCGGUUACCGCGGCAGUGAUGUCACCGAGGAGCAGUCCAAGGCCGCGACCAAGGAGGAGGAGGAGAAGUUCGAGAAGCUGCGCAAGGGUGAGGAGGUGGAGGAGGAGAAUGAGGAGGACGAAGAAGACGAGGACGAUGAUCUGGAGGACGACUUCGAGUUCAUUGAGAUCUUCCCCGGUGGCGAGGAGCUGGCCAUCGCCGUUGCUGAGGACCUCUGGCCCAAUGCGAUGAAGUACUAUGUCACGGAUCAAUCCAUCGAGGAGGUCGACUACAGCGACAUCGACGUGUCCGAGGACGACGAGGAGGAACAGUCCCGUCCCCGCAAGAAGACCAAGGUCUAA